CAGAGCCGGCGCGGCGGCCGGGAGGGGGGCGGCUAGUGGCCGGAGCGACACGCGCCCGCCGCGACCCUAUGCAGUGACUCGUGCGGCGCAGGCGCCUCCUGCCCCGCCGGCGGGGCCCGGGAUUCCCGCGGCGGGAUGUUCUCCCGAAGGAGCCACGGGGAUGUGAAGAAGUCCACGCAGAAGGUGCUGGACCCCAAGAAGGACGUGCUGACCCGCCUGAAGCACCUGCGGGCGCUGCUGGAUAAUGUGGAUGCAAGCGAUCUUAAGCAGUUUUUUGAGACCAACUAUUCUCAGAUAUAUUUCAUCUUCUAUGAAAAUUUUAUAACACUGGAAAAUAGUUUGAAGUUAAAAGGGAAUAAUAAGUCACAAAGAGAGGAGCUGGACUCCAUCCUCUUUCUUUUUGAAAAAAUACUGCAGUUUCUACCUGAACGAAUUUUCUUUCGAUGGCAUUACCAGAGUAUAGGCUCAACUUUAAAGAAGCUUCUACACACUGGAAAUUCUAUUAAGAUAAGAUGUGAAGGAAUCAGACUGUUUCUUUUGUGGCUUCAAGCACUUCAGACAAACUGUGCAGAAGAGCAGGUGCUGAUUUUCGCUUGCCUGGUGCCUGGUUUCCCAGCGGUCCUGUCAUCCAGGGGGCCCUGUACACUGGAGACACUCAUCAACCCUAGCCCUAAUGUAGUUGAUGCAAAAAUAUACCCAGAAGAAAUCACCCCACUUCUGCCAGCCGUAUCAGGGGAGAAGAUCGCUGAGGACCAAACAUGCUUUUUUCUUCAAAUACUGUUGAAAUAUAUGGUUAUUCAGGCUGCAAGCUUGGAGUGGAAGAAUAAGGAGAAUCAAGAUACUGGUUUUAAAUUUCUUUUUACAUUGUUUCGAAAGUAUUAUCUUCCUCAUUUGUUUCCAUCAUUUACUAAGUUAACCAACAUCUACAAACCUGUACUUGAAGUCCCUCAUUUGAGACCAAAGCCUGCAUAUGUUACUGUAACUCGAGAUAAUGAAACAAUUUACAGUACAAAAAUUCCAUAUAUGGCAGCUCGUGUUGUCUUCAUUAAAUGGAUUGUAACUUUCUUUUUGGAAAAAAAAUAUCUAACUGCAACACAAAACACUAAAAAUGGAGUUGAUGUAUUGCCUAAAAUCAUCCAGACCGUUGGUGGUGGUGCAGCACAAGAGAAGGUGCCAGAGCUGGAUGGUGCUGGGUCCACAGAGCAGGACAAAAGCCAUUCUAACAGUAGCACCUUGUCUGACCGAAGACUCAGCAACUCCAGUCUUUGUAGCAUUGAAGAAGAGCAUCGAACAGUGUAUGAAAUGGUGCAGCGGAUCCUCCUGUCCACACGGGGUUAUGUGAAUUUUGUGAAUGAAGUAUUUCGACAGGCAUUUUUGUUGCCUUCCUGUGAGAUAUCUGUAACAAGAAAAGUAGUUCAAGUAUACAGGAAGUGGAUCCUCCAGAACCAACCUGUGUUCAUGGAGGAGCCAGAUAAAAAGGAUGUUGCCCAGGAAGAUGCUGACAAAUUAGGACUUUCAGAGACUGACUCCAAGGAGGCCUCAUCUGAAAGUUCUGGUCAUAAACGGUCAUCCAGCUGGGGGCGCACGUAUUCCUUCACAAGUGCCAUGAGCAGAGGGUGUGUGACAGAGGAGGACAACACAAAUGUGAAAGCCGGGGCCCAAGCUAUGCUGCAGGUCUUCCUUACAAAUGCUGCGAAUGUCUUUUUGCUGGAACCAUGUGCUGAAGUUCCCAUGCUCCUGAGAGAACAGGUAGAUGCCUGUAAAGCUGUUCUGAUUAUUUUUCGGCGCAUGAUAAUGGAACUUACAAUGAAUCAAAAGACAUGGGAGCAGAUGUUGCAAAUCCUUCUCAGGAUAACAGAAGCUGUCAUGCAGAAGCCAAAGGAUAAGCAUGUAAAGGACUUGUUUGCCCAGAGCUUGGCAGGGUUGCUCUUCAGGACGCUUAUCGUGGCUUGGAUCCGAGCAAACCUCUGUGUGUACAUUUCUCGGGAGCUUUGGGAUGACUUUCUAGGUGUGCUGUCAUCUCUCACAGAGUGGGAAGAACUCAUUACCGAGUGGUCCAACAUCAUGGACUCCUUGACAGCUGUGCUUGCAAGAACUGUGUAUGGAGUUGAGAUGACAAACCUACCUCUAGAUAAAUUAAGUGAGCAAAAGGAGAAGAAGCAACGUGGCAAAGGUUGUAUUCCAGAUUCCCAAAAAGGGACUGCUGUGGGUAGAUCCUUUUCUCUCAGCUGGCGUAGCCAUCCAGAUGUGACUGAGCCAAUGAGAUUCCGAAGUGCUACCACAUCUGGAGCACCAGGAGUUGAGAAGGCAAGAAAUAUUGUUCGCCAAAAAGCAACUGAAGUGGAGGAAUUCCAGCAGGCAGAGAGUACCCCUGCAGCUGACACUGAUUAUCUUGUGGUGGGACAGCAGCAGGUCCCCCGGAGCUGCAGCACCUCUGACAUCACUGAGCCUUUGUGCUCAGAUUCUUCUCAAGGUCAAAAUUCACCAAAUUUGAGCUCUUCAGAUUCCAAGUCUGUUCAAGAGAGUAAAGGACACGUGAAACGGGAACAUGAAGGAAUAUCAAUCUUGGUUCGAAGGAGCAGCAGUCCUGCUGAGCUGGAUCUAAAGGAUGAUUUACAGCAGACACAAGGAAGAUGCAGGGAGAGACAGAAGAGUGACAGCACUGGUAGUGACACGGCUGUGGGCACCAGCAAUGAGACAGAGCUACCCAUGAGCCCGUGGCAGACCUGUGAGGAGGACCCAGAACUCAGCACUCCCACAGACGCUGUGCCUGACUCUGAUGCCCGCCAUUGGUUACAGCUGAGUCCUACUGAUGCUUCAAACUUAACAGAUAGCAGAGAGUGCCUUGCAGACGAUUGUAGUAUAAUUGCUGGAGGGAACCUCACUGGUUGGCACCCAGACUCUGCCGCUGUGUUAUGGCGCAGAGUCUUGGGAAUCCUUGGGGAUGUGAAUAAUAUCCAGUCACCGAAGAUCCAUGCCAGAGUUUUUGGCUAUCUCUAUGAACUGUGGUACAAACUGGCCAAGAUACGAGAUAAUCUAGCAAUAAGCCUGGAUAACCAGUCGUCUCCAUCUCCUCCGCUCUUGAUCCCACCACUCAGAAUGUUUGCAUCAUGGCUAUUCAAGGCUACAACUCUGCCAAAUGAAUAUAAGGAAGGCAAACUGCAAGCCUACAAACUGAUCUGCGCCAUGAUGACCAGACGCCAGGAUGUUCUGCCAAACUCAGAUUUCCUGGUGCAUUUCUACCUUGUGAUGCACCUGGGAUUAACCAGCGAGGACCAGGAUGUCUUAAACACUAUUAUAAGAAACUGUUCACCCCGCUUUUUCUCCCUGGGUUUGCCUGGUUUCUCAAUGCUGGUGGGGGAUUUUAUCACUGCUGCUGCCAGGGUCCUCAGUACAGACAUGUUGGCGGUGCCCCGUUCAGAAGCUCUCACACUCCUUGGUUCCCUCGUCUGCUUCCCAAAUACUUACCGGGAGAUCCCUCUGCUGCAGUCCGUGCCAGAAGUGAGUGAGGUCAUCCCAGGAACUGAAGAUGUCAAGCAUUACCUCAUAAAUAUUUUACUGAAGAAUGCUACCGAGGAACCAAAUGAAUGUGCAAGAUGCAUCGCCAUUUGCUCCCUCGGGGUCUGGAUCUGUGAAGAGCUUACACAGUGUGCCAGCCAUCCUCAGGUGAAGGAUGCCAUCAAUGUGAUAGGUGUGACGUUGAAGUUUCCUAACAAGAUCGUGGCUCAGGUAGCCUGUGAUGUUCUUCAGCUGCUGGUUUCCUACUGGGAAAAGCUUCAGAUGUAUGAAACUGCUCUACCGCGAAAAAUGGCCGAAAUACUCGUGGCCACAAUUGCAUUUCUUUUACCAAGUGCAGAGUACUCCUCAGUGGAAACAGAUAAAAAGUUUAUUGUGUCCUUGCUCCUCUGCCUCUUGGACUGGUGCAUGGCUCUGCCUCUGAAUGCCCUUCUCCACCCGGUGUCCACGGUGGUCCUGGAGGAGCUGCACCCACCCCGGGCUCCCUUGCUGGAUUAUAUCUACAGGGUUCUGCACUGCUGCGUCUGUGGCUCAAGUACAUACACACAGCAAAGUCACUACACCCUGACCUUGGCUGACUUGUCAUCCACCGAUUAUGACCCCUUCCUACCUCUGGCAAAUGUGAGGAACUCCGAGCCGGUCCAGUACCAUUCAUCAGCCGACCUGGGGAACCUGCUGACUGUGGAAGAGGAGAAGAAGAGAAGAAGUGUGGAACUGAUCCCCCUCACUGCACGAAUGGUGAUGGCCCACCUGGUGAACCACCUAGGCCACUACCCACUGAGUGGGGGCCCUGCCGUGCUGCACAGCCUGGUCAGUGAGAACCAUGACAACGCCCACGUGGAAGGUGCUGAGCUGUCCUCGGAGGUGUUCAGGAGCCCAAACCUGCAGCUCUUCGUAUUUAACGAUAGCACCCUCAUCUCCUACCUUCAGACACCUGCAGAAGGACCAGAUGGAGGGACUUCAGGGGCUUCCCUCUCAGAUGUGAGAGUCAUUGUGAGGGAUAUCUCAGGGAAGUACUCUUGGGAUGGUAAGGUUUUAUAUGGACCUCUGGAAGGCCACUUGGCACCCAGUGGAAAGAAUCCCUCAUUUCAGAUUUCUGGCUGGCAUCAACACACAUGUGGACCUCAGAAAGAUUUGUCUCACAGUGAGGAAGGAGAUGAUGCGCUUGACAAACUACUUGAAAGUAUUGGCCAUUCAAGCCCCGAAUGCCUUUUACCAUCACAACUAAAUCUAAAUGAGCCUUCCCCACCCCCAUGUGGUAUGAACUGUGACCAAGAGAAGGAAAUCAUUGAGGUCAUCCUGCGCCAGAACAUACAGGAAGAUGAGUAUCUUCAGAGGUGUAACUCUAAUUCUGCAGUGAAGGUCACCAGCCAAGGGCAGCCCUCACCAGUGGAGCCCCGAGGACCCUUUUAUUUCUGCAGGUUGUUGCUUGAUGACCUGGGAAUGAAUUCCUGGGACAGAAGGAAGAAUUUUCAUUUAUUGAAGAAAAAUUCAAAAUUAUUGAGAGAGCUAAAGAAUCUGGACUCACGACAGUGCCGUGAGACACACAAGAUAGCAGUGUUUUACAUUGCUGAAGGGCAAGAAGAUAAGUGUUCCAUCUUAGCCAAUGAAAGAGGAAGCCAAGCAUAUGAAGACUUUGUUGCUGGUCUUGGAUGGGAGGUGGAUCUCUCAACCCACUGUGGGUUCAUGGGUGGUCUUCAGCGUAAUGGCAGCACAGGACAGACGGCCCCUUACUAUGCUACCUCAACUGUGGAAGUCAUUUUUCACGUUUCCACUCGGAUGCCAUCGGAUUCAGAUGAUUCACUCACCAAAAAGCUCCGUCACCUGGGGAAUGAUGAGGUCCACAUCGUCUGGUCUGAACACUCCAGGGACUACCGCAGGGGUAUUAUCCCAACAGCCUUUGGAGACGUUUCGAUCAUUAUUUACCCAAUGAAGAAUCAUAUGUUCUUUAUCACGAUAACAAAGAAACCUGAGGUUCCGUUCUUUGGGCCUCUGUUCGAUGGAGCCAUCGUGAGUAGGAAGCUGCUGCCAAGCCUUAUCUGUGCCACGUGCAUCAAUGCCAGCAGAGCGGUGAAGUGCCUCAUCCCACUCUAUCAGAGCUUCUACGAAGAGCGAGCUCUGUAUCUGGAAGCAAUAAUUCAGAACCACCGGGAAGUCAUGACAUUUGAAGAUUUCGCAGCUCAAGUCUUUUCUCCCUCUCCCAGCUACUCUCUCAGUGGAACGGAUUAAAGUACAUAACGGUCUCAUUAUGACACUUGAGCAAGGGGUCUUGACCUCCAGCCUGAGUAUGGAUCCCAAGAAAAUCCUCCAUGUGGAAGAGACAGGCAAGACUCUCCUGCUUUCCCCAGAACCCUCAAAUCCAGACUCCAGGAAACUGCCACUGUGCCAGCAAGCCUUCCCAUUGCUUGGCCCCCAAGGUUGGAAGUGAUCUAGUUUGUGUGGAACUUUAAAACAAGACUGUGUUCCUCUUGUCCUGGAAUUUCAUAAACCUUGGGCUUCAGAAGAAGAAAAGAAGUUGCUAUCAACCAGGAACAAGCCUAUGACCAUGUGGGCAAUGGAGCCAUCUGGAGCCUCAAGGAAGAACACAGUAGAAAAGGUUCGGGGCCCACAGGGAAGGGGCAGAGGGCACUUGUCUGUAUCCUGAGUUGUUUUCUUGUCAUUAUAUACCCAAGCUUGAUUCCCAAAAGGGCUGACAAAACAAUUGUGUAAUUGUUGGAAGAAUUUCCUCCAUAAUGAUUUUGCUAAUCUUUUUUGUUAGGGUUUACAGUUUAAUUCGAACUUUUCAUCAUCAAAAUUUCAUCAUCAUGGAAACUGUCUGUCCCCAGGGUCUUUUCCCACAGGAAGUUUCACCUCCAUCAUCAAGCCUUUCUCCACCUGGUACCUGAGGCCCACUGACUAAGAUUCUCCUGACAACACAGUUCUGCCAGGUCUAGACAGUGAUGUUUCACGUAGAGUGAUCAGAAAUGUCUAGAUACAGGCCUGUCCACAGGAGAGCAGUAAGCAGAUGACUAGCAACCCUGUGCAGGCCAACUUAGCCCAGCCCAGCCCAGUUUAGCACUGCCCAGCCAAGCCUAGCCCUGCCCAGCCCAGCUCAGAUCAGCCCUGCCCAGAUCAACCCUGCUCCAGCUCCAUGGCUGACCAACGCCUGCAUCCUGUCCAGUGCCCUCAAAAGUUCACCUGUGGUCUUCUUCCUACCUGUUGUUCAGAGACCAAGACAGGCCUUGAAAACAGCUCUUGCCACUUAAGUUUUAGGGUAACAGAUUCCAA